AUGGGUGUCCCAGACUUCACUUACUACAAAGAACACUUUGAACCUCUCGUCGCGCAAUCUACCCCUGAAUUCCUAUCAUCCUCGCUGCCGGACCCGCCUUCCGAUGAGACAGUUGACAAACGCACCUUUGCGAACUUGAAUACCGACCCUUAUCUCGUCCUUGAAAUCGUGUCAGAGGAUGAGGUAGAGGUCAACAAUGAAAUCCGACGUAUAGUUGGCUCCAAGCGAGUAGCCAGGCAUCACCGUAGCGAACACCCUCACAAGACACUCCCUCUGCCUUCUACGCCAGCGUUCAGUUUCAAGUGCACGGCUUCAAUGACGCAGACGCCUGACGCUGAUGGCAAGGAAGUGCGGGCUAUGCCACCCCAACUUCCGGUUGACGCCUGUAAUAUGAAGUGUGAUUCUCAACCGGAUACCACGACUCUCUCCUUAGCUUCACCGUACCAGAGUGAUCAGCCGCAUCUUCGUCUUGAUGUAGACAUGAUCGAUAUUAACUGUUAG